AAUUUGUUAAAUGGAGCGGGAUCUUUGUGCUUCAAUGCAUGAAGUUUAAAUUAAAUGUAAAUAGAAGGAAUUAAAUUUUUAUUCAGUAUUACAUUUAUUUUUCAACAAAACGACGUCGUCAUACUGAAAAUUUCCCAACAUAUGCACACUCGCUGGUAAGGUCCAGAUUAUUCUAGAAAAGCGAUUCUUGACGUCCCCAGUAGUUACGAGUUCGUCCUCCGUUUGGCAGCUGAGAAAACAAGCCCGAGGAAGGUUUUGGUGAGGUUCGAAAUGGCAACGGAACCUAAGGCAGCGGCUGAGAAUGUGAAAAUUGACCUAUUCGAAGAUGAUGAUGAGUUUGAAAUCAAUGAAGAGUGGGAGGAUAGGGCUGAAGAAAAAGUAGCAGAGCAAUGGGAAGAUGAUUGGGACGAUGAUGAUGUCCAUGAUGAUUUUUCUCAGCAGUUAAGGAAGGAACUGGAGAAUAACAUCAAGAAAAGCUAAUUUCAAUGAUUUCGAAAUUUGUUUUCUGUGGUCUCAGUUGAAUAUUGACCGAUUGCUGUUUAAGACGAGAAAUUCACAGUCAAUGAUUCUAAGGCUAUGUUUGCCUUGAAAAUAUUCAGGAAAGAGUAAAAGAGAAAUAAGUUUUUCUA